AUGAUGAAGCCAGAGUAUGGCCUCAGGGUCAACGUCCAAUUUGGCGACUUUGGCAGCGCUAUGGUCGGACAUCGCAAAUUUUGCGACACUUGCUGUUUGGUUCAAGCAUACUUGAACAGGUCAUCCUUUCCCGACAAGAUGUGCACAAAAGACAAGCUCAACGAUAGUCGUUGUACGACAUGCGCGCAUUUCGGUCGUCCUUGGUGUUCUUGGACUCCUGGCCUUCCUAGCCUCCGCACUCUACGAUGGUCCGCAUCAUCCCCCGAGCAGGUUAUUCUUGUACAAAAGACUUUAUCUAUUCUAGUCCGACUGCCUAAGGUUGAGAUUCCACCUGAAAAACAGUCCUUUACCUUACAAUUGCGAGGUCUCGAAGAUAUUCAUGAAGAAGACGAUGGUGGUGACCGCCAAGGCAGCGAGGAUGAGGAUGAGGACGAGAACGAGGUUGAUGACGAGGGCGAUGAUGAAGACGAGUUUGAGGGUGUGUAG